AUGGGCUUCAAGCGGAAGAGACCAAACACGCAAGAGAAAGAGAAGAAGGAGAUCUCGACACAGAAGAAUUUAAUGCAACCCAUAGAGUAUGUGGAGACGUCCCUUGACGAAUACGGCUGGAAGCCUGUGCCCUUCGACUCCAAAACUUUCGGAUCGUCUUGUAACCUCAUGGGAAUUAUGUCGAUAUCGAAGAUCGAGGGCGACGAGGCAGAGAAACUCUUGCGGAAGUACGAGAAAUCCAAGGAGAAGCUGACGAAGCUGCAAGAUAAGGGCAAGAGCACCAACAAGAAAGCAGCUCCAACGCCGGGGGAGGACCCAGCGCGUCGAAAGGGGGGGCAGAAGAAGCAGGAAGUAGCUAAUGAGGCGAGAGAGAGCAGUAUUCUCAAGAAGAAGAAGAAGAAGAAGAAGAGGCAGCAGGCUGACGUAGCCGCUGGAGGUCCAGGUGAAGCCGUGGAGGGUCAAGGGGAGGAGGAGGAGGAUCAUGAGGGUAACGAGGAGGUUGAUGUCAGCGAACAGACGCCGAAGAUCGCAGAUGAAGACUACGACGACCAAUGGGAGUACGAGGAAUGGAACUGCGUCAUGUUGCGCAAGUGCCUAGUGAAGGCGCUCAAGGAGCAGGGGUUCGAGCAGCCGACGGCGAUCCAAGAGCUUGUCAUCCCUGCUGCCAUGGCCAAGCGUCAGGACAUCUUCGGUGCUGCAGAGACAGGCUCGGGCAAGACGCUUGCCUUCGCACUCCCCAUGCUCCAGCGCAUCCUCGACAGCCACAACUUCUCGGGGAUCGACGCGAAGGAGCGGAAGCUCGCCGGGCUUGUGCUGUCCCCCACGCGAGAGCUGGCGAUUCAAGUGCGCGAUCAUAUCGUAGCAGCGGCGAGAUUCACCAAGAUCAAGGUGGUGGCUGUUGUCGGCGGCCUCUCCAUGCAGAAGCAGCAGCGCCAGCUCGCCAUGCACCCGCACAUAGUCGUCGGCACUCCCGGGCGACUGUGGGAGCAGAUGCGACUGGGGAACGAGUACCUGCGGGAGCUGAACAUGCUGCUGUGCCUUGUGAUCGAUGAAGCAGACAGGAUGAUGGAGACAGGUCACUUCCAAGAGCUCGAGAACAUCCUCAACCUGCUCCCUGACCUCGACCCGAAGGCGAAGCAGAAGAGGGAGUCCAACGAGGAGGAGGAGGAGGAGGAGAUAACGUCAUUCCAAGCGACUAAGGGGAGCAAACUGCAUGCUCAGAGGCAUUACAGGAGGCAGACGAUGAUCUUCUCUGCCACCCUCAUCAAGGACAUCCAGUGGAGAAGCACCAAGAAGGUCAAGCGCAAGGAGAAGCGGAAGCAACCAGAGACCUCAGCUGACGUCAGGCGGCAGUCCAUCGAGCGCCUGAUUGACAGGCUGCAGCUGCCAGAGGAGCCAGUCAUCUUCGACCUGACGCCGUCUGGGAAGGUGUCAGAGAAGAUCGCGCAGUACCGUGUGGAGUGGCGGGGCCGCGCCAUCCUCUUCAUCAACGCCAUAGGAGAGGCGAGAAGGAUCGCAAACCUCCUGAACCUCCUCCGCAUCCGAGCUGUCCUCCUCCACUCGGGGCUGCAGCAGCGGCAGCGGCUCAAGAACCUGGAGACGUUCAAGCAGGACGCUUCCUCCGUCCUCAUCGCCACAGACGUUGCUGCUCGUGGCCUCGACAUCCCGCAAGUUUCUGUUGUCUUGCAUUUCCACGUGCCCAAAGUUCCCUCGCUCUACAUCCACCGAUGCGGCCGCACGGCAAGAGGACGCGCGGAGGAAGGAAUGAGCAUCAUGUACGUCACUCCACAAGAGCAGGUUCACCUGCAGAAGAUUGUUGACUCGACCGGUUUCGAGAUUCCUCUGCGAGAUGACGACGAUGUUUACUUGACCUCCGCUCAGAAGCGCGUUCAUGCUGCCAAGAAGCUCGAGGCGGAGCUGAACAAGAGCGGGAGGGAAUCGAGGGACAGCAGCUGGUUGCGGCAGCAAGCGCAGGCGAUGGAAAUCGACAUGGAGGAGUCGGACGGGGAGGACGAGGAGGUGAUGAUACAGAAGAGAAGCGCGACGCAAAAGAUCCGGCAGCUUCAGGAGCAGCUCGAUCGCUUGCUGGAUGCUCACGUCCUACCCAAGGGCAUUUCCCCUCGCUUCAUCGCAGGGUCGCAAGCGGCUCACGCUGGACUGCCAGAGAUGCUGACGCACGGGGCGAGGAUGGGGAGCAUCAAGUACGCGGACGGCAAGCGAGUGCACAGGAAGAAGAGGAGGAGAUGA